AUGACUCUGCUAGUGCCCAACGUUGGAGGAGGAGCCGCAUUCUCGAUUGGAAGCAAUGUGACGGGAGGAGAGUCCAAGUCGACCAUGAACAUGAGUUUGGACGACAUGAUUGCCAGUCGCCGCAAGGAAACAGUGCGUGGUGCCCGCCGCAGCAAUCGCGUGUCGACCGCCGACCGAAGCGUUGCCACGGGUCGUGCCAAGCGAACGGCGGCGGUGAAUGCCCGUCGACAAAUGACAACGACCAAAAAGCCCACCAAGAUGGAAAUUGAAAAAGAAGUCAAGACCCAAGUCGCUCGCUCGAACGUCACGAAAGCACGUCAAGAACAAAAAAAGGGAGGAGGACGAGUCGCUGCCGCCGCCACCAAUCGACGACAGCGCAAAGCCGCCAAAGCGGUCGGUGUCAAAGCGCCGCAAGCCAACAAGAAAGCCAACAAGAAAAUGCAAGAAGUCAAGACUCGAACGGCGACUGUGAGUGUGCCACAAACCGGCGCGGCGCCGACCAAGAAGGCUGUCAAUGCGGCUGUACAAGCGUUUCGAGCCAAUGGUUUUGAUAUUCCAAGGGGCGCUCAAGUGGUCAUUCGCAUUGAAGAAAAACAACCAGCCAAUAAUAAUUCUCCAACAAAACAGGCCAAUACACCCGCCAGGGGACGCAAUGCCAACACUGGAGGUGGACGAGGAGGAGGAAACAACAGCAACAACAACCGGGGGCGCAACACUAACAACAGCAACAACAAUAAUAACAAUAGCCGCCGUGGUGGAGGGCGUGGCGGACGCGGUGGACGAGGAGGACGCAACUAA